GCACGGCUAUGGUUACUGGGCCUGGGGUUCAGUCUGGCUUACGGCAGUAUGUUCACCAAGAUCUGGUGGGUUCACACCGUGUUCACCAAGAAAGAGGAGAAAAAAGAGAAACGAAAGCACCUGGAUCCCUGGAAGCUCUACGCCACAGUCAGUCUCCUCCUGGGCAUCGACGUGCUGACUCUGGCCAUCUGGCAAAUUGUGGACCCUCUACAUCGUACCAUCGAGGAGUUCACAAAGGAGGUCCCGGAAGGUGAUCAGGACGUGUUGAUAUUACCCCAACUGGAGCAUUGCAGCUCAAACAAGAUGAACACCUGGCUCGGUAUCGUGUACGGGUAUAAGGGUUUGCUGCUGUUGCUGGGAAUAUUUCUGGCGUAUGAAACCAAGAGCGUCUCCACCGAGAAGAUAAAUGAUCACCGGGCGGUGGGAAUGGCAAUCUACAACGUCGCUGUGCUGUGUAUGAUCACGGCCCCCGUCACGAUGAUUGUGACCAGCCAGCAGGACGCAGCAUUCGCCUUUGCCUCCCUCGCUGUUGUCUUCUCGGUCUACAUCACCCUGGUGGUCCUGUUUGCCCCCAAGAUCCGUCGGCUGGUCACUCGAGGCGAGUGGCAGUCGGAGCAGCAGGACACCAUGAAAACUGGCUCCUCCACCAACAACAACGACGAGGAGAAAUCCAGGCAACUAGAGAAGGAGAACCGUGAGCUGGAGAAGAUCAUAGCGGAGAAGGAAGAGAGAAUCUCCGAGCUCCGGCAGCAGUUGAGCGAGAGGCAGCAGGUUCGAGCUCGCCGCAGACCGUCCCACCCUGCCAAGGACCCCUUCUCCUCGGACAACCACUUCACCAACUCCUCCUCGGGCCCCGUGCCCGCCCUCUACCAGCCACAACUGCCCCUCGUCAAGUGCCUGGUGUCGGGGGAGCAGGCGGGAGAGAGAGCAGGAGAGAGAACGGGCAGGAACAAUUGCGAUGGCAGCCGUGUUCAUCUGCUGUACAAGUGAUCAACUGUGGGCCAGACACGGUGAGAGGGGGAGGGAGGGAGGGAAGGGGUUUGGUGGCGGAGGGUGGUGGGGUCAUGGAGUAUUGACCCACCCUCUCUCCUUCACCGGUGAACCCCCGUAACUCCCUCCCCCCCCCAGCACCUCCCACCUCCUUCUGCCCCACUCC